AUGCAGCUCAAGAACCUCGCCAUUGCUGCCUCCGUCAGCGCCGUUGUCUCGGCCGCUCCUUCCACUCAGUCCAAGACCUUUGGUGUCGUGGCUAUUCACUCUGGUAGUGGCGUACAGUACUCUGCCUUCAACGCCGCUGAGAGCAGCAUCUUUGCUGGUCUGCCUAACCAGGGUGCCAGUUGUGAUCGCCCCGAGGAGCAGCAGGCUACCUUCUACAUCUAUGACGGUGCUCUGUACCUCUAUGACCACUCCGCCACUCCCCAGGAGAUUUACGUUGAUCGCUCUGGCAUGGGUCAGGGUAGGAUUGGUUACACCACUGGUGCUCAGCCCGCUCCUCAAAACUCUGAGCGCAAGGGCUGGACCGAGAAGGAUGGCCACCUUCAGUUUGCAGGAAAUGAUCUGAUUGCUUGCCCCAACAGCAUUGGUGGUGCCUGGAGUAUCUGGGCCUCUGCUGGCGUUGCCAACCCUGCCGGCAACGCCGACUGCGUGGGCAUUGCCGCUCGUGUUGUUGAGACCACGAACCCCAAUGGCUGCAGCUACACUUCUUAG